CCUGGCUUCUCUGCUCUGUGCCUCACACCUGCUCCUGCUUCACAGUCUCCCCCCAGGAGGACUCUCUUUCUCACCUGCUCAGCUCCUGGCCUCCAGCUUCUUCUCAUGUGGUGUGUCUACGGUCCUGCAAACUUGGAUGGGCAGCAGGCUCCCUCUUGUCCAGGCUCCAUCCUUAGAGUUCCUUAUCCCUGCACUGGUGCUGACCAGCCAGAAGCCACCUCUGGCCAUCCAGACUCCUGGAAACACCUCCCUCUCACUGGACCUGUGCAGGUUGCCUGGCUGCCAUGACCUGAAGAUCUGGCACACUUCUUUCCAAGAGGUGUCGGGGGCAGUGACAGUGUCCGGGUUGCUGCAGUGUGCACUAGGUUUUCUGGGAGUGCCUGGCCGCAUGUUCCUCUACUGUGGGCCCCUUGUGCUGGCCCCCAGCUUGGUUGUGGCAGGGCUCUUUGCCCACAGGGAAGUGGCCCAGUUCUGUUCUGCUCACUGGGGCCUGGCCUUGCUGCUUAUCCUGCUCAUGGUAAUAUGUUCUCAGCACCUGGGCUCCUGCCAGGUGCUCCUGUGCCCCUGGAGGCCAACUUCAACCUCUUCAACUCAUAUUCACAUCCCUGCCUUCCGGCUCCUUUCGGUGCUGCUUCCUGUGACCUGUGUGUGGAUCAUCUCUGCUCUUAUGAACCUCAGUGUUAUCCCCCUGCAGCUGUCUGUCCCCUCAGUUACUCCAUGGUUUUGGCUGCCUCACCCAGGUGAGUGGAACUGGCCCUUGUUGACACCCAGGGCUCUGGCUGCAGGCAUCUCCAUGGCUUUGGCAGCUUCCACCAGCUCCCUGUGUUGCUAUGCCCUGUGUGGCCAGCUGCUGCAUUUGCCUCCUCCACCUCCACAUGUCUGCAGUCGAGGACUGAGCAUGGAGGGGCUGGGCACUGUGCUGGCUGGGCUGCUGGGGAGCCCCAUGGGCACUGCAUCCAGCUUCCCUAAUGUGGGAACAGUGAGUCUUUUCCAGGCUGGAUCUCGGCGAGUAUCCCACUUAGUGGGGCUGUUCUGUAUGGGGAUUGGGCUCUCCCCAAAGCUGGCUCAGCUCCUCACCAGCAUCCCGCUGACUGUUGUUGGUGGGGUGCUGGGGGUGACGCAGGCUGUGGUUCUAUCUGCUGGAUUCUCCAGUUUCCACCUGGCUGACAUUGAUUCUGGAAGGAAUGUCUUCAUUGUGGGUUUCUCCAUCUUCAUGGCCCUGCUGCUGCCACGGUGGCUUCGGGAAAACCCAGUCUCAAUUGACACAGGAUGGAAUUUCCCGGAUGUGUUACUGCGCUCCCUGCUGGCAGAGCCCAUCUUCCUAGCUGGACUCUUGGGUUUCUUCCUAGAGAACACUGUUUCUGGUACACUGCUCGAACGAGGCCUAGAUCAAGGACACCCAACUUCUUUCACUGCCCAGCAGGCUCGAUUUCCUCUGAAAUCCAGGAAGAAAGCUGCUCAAGAGUACGGGCUUCCUCAACCCAUUCAAAACCUGUGUUCCUGUAUCCCUCAGCCCCUCCGUUGUCUCUGUCCAGUGCUUAAAGACCUUGGGGAUGAGGAAGGAGGUCCUGCUGAGCCAGGAGAGACAGAAGACUUAUUGCCUGGCUUUAGGGAGCUACGCCCUCUAUCAAGCAGAGAAGGACUUAGGUCCCAAUAAUAAUCAGAGUUACUAUUUCUGCCCUUGUUAGUUUAGCCCAACUCCAGCUUGAUUGAGUCAGCUCCCGGGCUCUACUUUCUUCUAGGGAAAGGAUAUGUGUGUACUGUACACCACGGAUCCAUCUUG